AUGUUGCCAUGCCAUGCCUGUGGUGAGUUGUGCCACUGUGUCCCUUGGCAGCAUGUUGCGGUCGCCGGGCGCCGGCUGGCGGUGGUCACAAAAAGCGCCGACGUUCGCCGUCAGUGCUUCGCGAAGAUUGCGAGGCGCGACACACAACGCGGAACCCGAACUCCAUACGGCCGUGCCGACACUCGAAUUCCGGCCUGACCCCAUUUUUGUUGCGUGAAAGUGGACGAAGUGUGUGGACAAAGUGCAGUGGUGUUCCGGGAUCAGAAACGAAUAUCCUUCGGCCUCACGAUUGACGCCUUCUACCGCUUCCUGCGCCAGGCGCUGCCGCUGGCCAAGGAGGUCGCUGCCGCGAUCCAUCUGAAUGCCAGCAACGAGAUCGCCGGUGCAGUCAGCAUCACUGGCUCGCCCGGCGAUCUGCUCAACUACAGCGUGCUGGAAAUGGAUCUCGGACUCGGUCUGGAUGUGGAUCUGGGUCUGGCUCUGGACGUGGGCCUAGCCAGCACACCCAGCACACCCAGCAGCAGCAGCAGCAGCAGCAGCACACUGGCGCCGGUGGCAAGCGCCAGGACACCGGGGAACAGGAGCGUGGUGCGGGUCAGUGGCGAUGUGCCCAUCUGGGUGGUGCCGUGCUACUCGGCCAUCCUGCUGUGCGCCGUGGUGGGGAACCUGCUGGUGGUGCUGACCCUCGUCCAGAAUCGUCGCAUGCGCACCAUCACCAAUGUAUUCCUGCUCAACCUGGCCAUCUCGGACAUCCUGCUCGGCGUAUUCUGCAUGCCGGUGACCCUGGUGGGCACUCUGCUGAGGCACUUCAUCUUCGGCGAGCUGCUCUGCAAGCUCAUCCAGUUUGCACAGGCCGCCUCCGUGGCCGUUUCGUCCUGGACACUGGUGGCCAUCUCCUGCGAGCGCUACUACGCCAUCUGCCAUCCGCUGCGGUCGCGCACCUGGCAGACGAUCAACCAUGCCAACAAGAUCAUCGCCAUCAUCUGGCUGGGCAGCCUGGUGUGCAUGACGCCCAUCGCCGCCUUCAGCCAGCUGAUGCCCACCAGUCGACCAGGACUUCGCAAGUGCCGCGAGCAGUGGCCGGCGGACAGCCUCAACUACGAGCGGGCCUACAACCUGUUCCUGGACCUGGCCCUGCUCGUCCUGCCGCUCCUCGCCCUUAGUUUCACCUACCUGUUCAUCACGCGCACCCUGUACGUGAGCAUGCGCAACGAGCGGGCCAUGAACUUUGGCAGCAGCGGGCCGGAGGUCACCGCCUCGUCCGCCGCCGCCGCCGCCGUCGCCGCACCUGGCAGCCAGCGACGCCACAACGGAAGCCAUUGCCAGUCCCUCGACACGAUUGUGCCGCACCAGCAUAAUCCGCACCAGCAGCACCAGCCGCACCUCCACCACUCGCAGUACUACUAUGCGGAUUACGGCCACGGUGGCAGCAAGCGGCGGUUGAUCGGCGGCGGGGCAGCUGCCUGCGAGGGCAGGCGGCAUCUGUACUGCAUGCGGAGCGCCUCCGUGAAGUCCGUGCGGCAUCAGCAGAUCAACGGCGGCGGUGGCACUGCAGCGGGAAACGGCGAGUGCUGCAGCCGGAUGCACAGGAUGCGCCAGCAGAUGCAGCUGCAGCAGCAGGGCUACGUGAGCGACAGUGAGUCGCGACGCAAGUCCUUGUCGCAGCCCAGUCUGCGCAUCACGGAGGCGGGACUGCGAAGAUCGAACGAAACGAAGAGUCUGGAGAGCAAGAAGCGGGUGGUGAAGAUGCUGUUCGUCCUGGUGCUGGAGUUCUUCAUCUGCUGGACGCCGCUGUACGUGAUCAACACGAUGACCAUGCUGCUGGGGCCGACGGUGUACGAGUACGUGGGCUACACGGCCAUCAGUUUCCUCCAGCUGCUGGCCUACUCCUCCAGCUGCUGCAACCCGAUCACCUACUGCUUCAUGAACGCCAGCUUCCGGCGCGCCUUCGUCGACACCUUCAAGGGGAUGCGGGUGUGCGAGCGCCUGUGCGCACCCUGCUGCUUCUGGCGGCGACGCGCCAAGAACGAGACGAACCUCUCGGUGGCCGGCAACUCCAUUGCGCUGGCCAACUCGGUCAUGUCCAGCCACACGAUCCUCGAGAGUCCGCGCCUCUGA